CUGUUCGAUAAAUGAGUUUUAUGCUCUAUAUCGAUAAGUCCGACGUUUGACAAACUCAUUUGUUAACUUUUUGCACAACACUUAUGCUUUCGCUUUUAUAAAAAAUACCUAUUAAUAAAUUUGACAGUUAUUCAACUUAUAAACAACAAAUAUAUACAAACACUGUUGGAUGUGUUAAACUCGUUGGAGUCUGCUAAAACAACUUAAGUAUGCGUUGCCUUCUUUGCAGAGUGUUCCUAAAUGAAUGCGAUGAAAUUGAAGACAUAAAUAAAAAAUCUCCUUUUUCUAAAAAGUCUCUCCGUUCAAUUGUUGAUUAUUUAGCAAAAAUAUCUAAACCGCCUCUUGUUAUAACAUGGACUAAUCAAUUCAAUGAAUGCUAUAUAUGUAAAACUUGCUACUAUGAUCUUUUAUUAUACGACGAGCAUAUGGUCAAAUUGUUGGAAAUACAAAAACGUAUUAUUUCAUUUUUGCGGAAUCCAGAGCUCAGCGACAAGCUUAUAGCAACACAAGCGUUGGAUGAAUGCAUAGAAGAUGGUAAUAUAAAAAUAGAAGAAAUCGAUAUAAGUAUUUAAAGCACAACCGGAGAGAGUUUCACUGGUGAUGAAAAUAAUGCUGAUAAGACAUUUAUAGAGAGAGAAGAAAAACCCGAGUCUAUUAUUGAUGAUGGCGAAGAUUUCAGAGAUAUAGAAAAACUGGUAUUGGAUACAAUUAAAGACCCUCCCGCUGGUGUUCGCAAAUACAACAUUCCAUCUAAAUGUGAAAUAUGUAGUACAGCUUACAAAAGUAAAACCCUUCUGAAUAGACAUAUAAACGUUGCACAUAAACCAUCUAAACAAAUUUGGAAAUGUGAAGUUUGCGGCAUUAUCGCAAAAGAUGAAGAAUAUUUAGAAUUGCAUAAAAAUAUCCACGAAGGAAGGUCUGAUUUGGAAUGCCGUUUCUGCAACAAACGUUAUUCUCGCAAAAUCAAUGUUAUUCGACAUAUGCAUAAACAUUGGGACAAAAAAAAUUUUCAGUGUGAAAGAUGUGGACUAAGGUUUUCCGAGUUACCACUUUACUAUAAUCACAAAUUGCAGCAUGAUGCUGAAGAUGAACCGCUGAUUUGUGCAGUAUGUAACCAAUCCUUCAAAACGCGACGUACUUAUAGAAACCAUUUAUGGGUACAUCGUGAUGAUCGCCCACGUUAUAGCUGUGAAAUUUGCGAGAAGACAUUUGUUGAAAAAUAUACACUUAAAGUUCAUCUCAGAUGUCAUACUGAUAAAGAUGGAGAACGCAGAGGGGGACGAAGAAAAAUUAAACCUUCGGUGCACCAGGAAGAAGAAACCUUCGAAUGUGUUAUAUGUUCCGAUCAAUUUUCUUCCAGGGAUAUAUGCAAUCAGCACAUGAAAGAGCAACACGACGUAAUUCUAAAAUCGGAAGACAAAUUUAUUUGAAAUAAAUAAAAAUUUACUAAUUUUA